AUGUUUAAGAGGUUUAGUGCGAGAGAGGAAAGGGAUGAGAGGAUGAGUGCGAAUGCGUGCCAACUCUCGGCCUUCUACACAAUCGUCUUCACGACGUGUGCCUUUCACGCGAAUACAGUCCACAAACAACCAGUGCUGUUCGCGGCCUCUCUGGCAAUGCUUGUGAUGUCGUUGGCGACUGUCGUCUCUUCAAUAGUGCUUAUCAUUGGUCUCUAUUCUGACAACCGAAAACUACUCAUUCCUUGGAUUCUCAGCGUUUCGUUGACAACACUCUUAGAUCUCGUCAUUUGUUUUCAUUUGAUUAAUGAAAGCGGCUCUUUCGACUCAUAUCUCAUCUCAUUCUUCGUCUCCGAUGUCAUCAUUUGUUCACUUAAUGUUUACGCCGUUCUCUGCGUUGUCUCGCAAUUCCAGGAAUACCGCGACGGACGCGGAUUCGCCCGAAAGCGCGGAUUCCCGCAAAGGUUGGCAGUCCAGCACCGGAAUCUGUUGCGAGUGCCCAACACUGAGCUGUCCUUCAAAUCGACGCCCAAUUCGUCGCCCAUUUUGGCCAAAGGAGACAAACAUUACGUCUUUCUCGUGAUUCCGUCGCCCGGAAGCACCUCUUCGUCGCCAAUGCGCUCCCGAGUGUCCACCGACUUAAGCUCCGUCUACGGCGACAACUCGACCGCCAAACCCGUGGCCGACGAAGACAUCAAGAUUGUCAUCACUCCGGACGCCGACUGA